AUGGAACGGGUGGUUCUGCCCAAUGGUGACGAACGCGACAUCGAGAUCAAGGACGCGCUGUUCGUACCAAGCAUGAGCAAGAAUCUGCUUUCGGUGCCACAGAUCAACAAGGGUGGGAGGUUCCAAGUCGUGUUCGAUGGAUCCAAGAUGCAAGUGAAGCGCAAGAAUUCCACACAAGUCGUGGCAACAGCGGAUCUCGUCGAUGGACUUUACUGGCUGCGGACUCCUCAACGAUCGGCGAAUGCAGCAACACGCAAUGGGACCAUCGACUUGCAUGCGCGCAUGGGUCAUGCACCUCUCGAAGUUCUGCGCAAGAUGAUGGCCACUGGCAUGAUCAAGGACGCCAAGGCACCUCUCAACUCGACUGGUCCAAGUGUGUGUCGCGGUUUUCAGCAAGGAAAGAUGGUCCAAAAACCAUUCCCAACCAACCGUGACAAACGCCAAUAUGGUAUGUUCGAGUUGCUGCACUUCGACAUCUGCGGGCCAAUGGAACAAGUCUCGAUCAGCGGCAGCAAAUACUUACUGCUUGUGGUUGACGAAGCUAGCGGUUGCAUGAAGGGCUUCUGUCUGCGGUCCAAGUCUGAGAGUGAAGACUGUAUCAAGAACCACAUCAUCAAGAUUCAAACACAGUUCGGCACGAAGAUCAAGUUUGUUCGGCACGAUGGAGCGUAUGAUUGCGACCAACUCGAUCAAGACCUUCUACGAAGAUCAUGGUAUCGAGCAACAGAUCACGGUGCCGUAUGA